AUGCUUUCCUUCAUACUCAUCCAGAACCGCCAGGGCAAGACUCGGCUCGCGAAAUGGUACUCAGCAUAUAAUGACGACGAGAAGAUCAAGCUGAAGGGCGAGGUACACCGUCUGGUGGCGCCACGCGAUCAAAAGCAUCAGUCCAACUUCGUGGAGUUUCGCGGCAGCAGUAAGAUCGUGUAUCGCCGCUAUGCUGGCCUCUUCUUCUGCGCCUGCGUAGAUGCCAACGACAAUGAGCUGGCGUAUCUGGAGGCCAUCCACUUCUUCGUGGAGGUCCUUGACCAGUUUUUCGGUAAUGUAUGCGAGCUGGAUUUGGUUUUCAACUUCUACAAGGUCUACGCCAUCUUGGACGAAGUCUUCCUUGCUGGUGAAAUCCAGGAAACUUCGAAGCAGGUCGUGCUCACAAGGCUAGAGCAUUUGGACAAACUCGAUUAG